AUGCAUACAUCGCAGUAUAGCAUUGUCUUCCAUCUGCGACAGCAUCUCGAGGCGCAGCCGUACUCAAUAUUCGACUCAGAUAGUCUGUGCCAGCUUGGACUUGGGAAUCAGUCUCAUCAAGUCUCACAGGAAUUGAACAAAAGCGACACUUGGUACGAUUAUAGAUUUGGCCAGAUCACUGUCGAGAGUAUCGACAUGUCUUAUUGCAAAGGAGAAUUCGUCAAGACGGGCGCUGCGAAUAGCCAGCUCGGCGGUGGCGUGGUACACCUUUUCAAAGAGGAUGAUGAAGACAAUAAGCGCAAGGUAGCGCGACUCAAGCAUCUAUGCCUUGAAACGCAGGGAACCGUGGUUGCCGUCCUGGCUGUGCCCUCCUACAUGCACUCGUCAGACUUUGUCGGCUUCAUUGGGCCUGAGCAGCAAAAGGAAGUCUCUCACAUUCGCUUGAUUCGUACCAAGGAGCCAAAUCGAUACAUGGUAUUGCUCAAGUUCAGAGAGGCAUCCAAAGCGAAGCAAUUUCUCAACCUUUUCAAUGGCCGUUCCUUCAAUUCCAUGGACCCUGAGACUGUUCAUGCCGUUAAUGUUGCAAGCAUCUCCUUUAAAGGCUCACUCGAGUCGGCCGAUUCGUUUCCUGAACUUCUAGAUCAAGUGCCCGAUGCGCAAAAGCACAGUACAGGCAAGCCGCUGCCCCCUGCGACGGGAAGCUUAUUGGAACUACCGACCUGUGUCGUGUGCCUGGAGCGCAUGGAUGCCACGGUGACGGGUCUUUUGACGAUGCUCUGCGAGCAUACUUUUCACUGUUCUUGCAUCUCAAAAUGGGUCGAUACACAGUCAACGUGCCCCAUCUGUCGUUUUAGUGCUGCAAAAGACAUGAUUGACGGCGCCGAAGCCGAGCGGUCGUGCUCUAUGUGCCUGUCUGAUAAGAAUCUGUGGAUGUGCUUGAUUUGUGGCAAUGUGGCGUGUGGUCGGUAUGAUGAGCAGCAUGCAAUACAGCACUUUGAAAGUACGCGCCAUUCUUUUGCAAUGGACAUUACGAGCGGCCGCAUUUGGGACUAUGCGAGUGAUGUGUAUGUGCAUCGCUUGGUGCAAGAAAAGAUGGACGCUAAGCCACCUUCCAACAAGCAGAGUCUCUGGGAGAAGGAUGCCAUGUAUGAUGAGGGCAGAGAGUUUGAGGAUCUGCUGGCCACACAGCUAGAGAGUCAGCGCAUCUAUUAUGACGAACAGCUCAGGAGCGCUGCUGAUCGAGCUUCCAAAGCGAUACGCGCUGAAAAGGAAAAGGAUGCUUGCAUCAACGAGUUACAGUCUUCUAUGCGGGAAGUAAAGCAAAUGCUAGGGCAGCUGCAGCAGGAAACAACAGAGCAGCGUCGUCUCAUCACUAGAGCAGAAGGCAAGGCCAAGACCUUUUCAGAACUGGCGCGCAAGAUGGAGACUCAGUACAAGGAGGAGAAGAGCAUCAAUGCGAAUCUUAUGGUCCGCAUUGGCCACCUGGAACAGCAACGACAAGAGGCACGGGCGCUCAACAAGCACCAAGAAGCUGAGCUGCGAGACCUGCAAGAACAGCUGCGUGAUCUCAUGUUUCACAUGUCGUCUAUGGAGAAGCUGCAGGAGAUGCCAGAAGAAGAGUUGAAGGAGGUGCAAGAGGGAAGCCUGGCAAUUGGUGCAAGUGCCGUGACUAAAGACAAGCCAAAAAGGGCAAAGAAGAAGGCAAAUAAGUCUUCUCGGCCUGUAGCAGGUAACGAUGAUGAACAAUGA